CCAAAAUUUGCCUGUGUUACUGCCAAAGUCUGUAUCAGAUUUAAGACACAUGCUUCUGCAAGCUUCCAUGAAGGUUGUGAAAAAAGUUUUAAUACAGAGUUGGAUUACAGCUCUCAGCUCAAAACACUGGCCAUUACACUACCAUCUUAAAAGCCUGCUGUGACACGGAGCACAGAAUCGAGCAGAUUUCUUACAUUUUCUGGACCACAGAUGGAUUUUGAAUGUUUCUUUCUAUCUUCAUGGAAGAUAUAUUAACUUCAUUAACUGGAAUCCACACCUGAUCAUUUGUGAGUGUGUAUGUGUACACAUACAGAUAUAUAUCUAUUUAAAACCUUAUCAUGAUUUUAUUUCAAGUGUAUCUAAGAUCUGCUCUAAGAAAUUACAUUCUCUAGAUGAACUUACAAUUGUUUUGAGCAGCAAAGAGACAGAAUUUUCUCUCAGAUGUUGGAAUCCUUUGUGAGUUUAUAAGAGAAAUUCUGGAAGCUUUUCUUUCCUGUGUUGGUGGUAGAGAAAUGCCUUUUGAAACAGACCCCUCCAGCUGUGCGGCAACAACUGCGUAGUAACCUGUGGAUUUUAAACAUCAGAAUGUACAAACCGUGGGCAACUGUGAAUAUUUUCAUAGUUUCUUUUCUACAUCUGCUGCAAGGAUCUGACUAUGAGAAUGGAUCUGUGAAGAGGACAUCUCUGUCAGCACUGGAGAGGUCAGAACAGCAGAUUAGGAGAGCAUCCAGCCUGGAAGAGCUGCUUCACAUCACCCACUCYGAGGACUGGAAGCUGUGGAAGUGCAGGCUAAAACUCAAGAGCCUGGCCAACUUAGACUCCCGCUCUGCUUCACAUCGYUCCACCAGGUUUGCUGCUGCUUUCUACGAUAUCGACACGCUGAAAGUCAUCGAUGAGGAAUGGCAAAAGACUCAGUGUGUGCCCAGGGAAACCUGCGUGGAAGUUGCCAAAGAGCUGGGUACAACGACCAACAAAUUUUUCAAGCCUCCUUGUGUGAACGUGUACAGAUGUGGAGGCUGCUGCAACGAGGAGAGUCUCAGCUGCAUGAACACAAGUACAACUUACGUGUCAAAAACGCUCUUUGAGAUCUCAGUUCCCUUGACAAGUGUUCCUGAGCCUGUGCCYAUCAAAAUUGCCAAUCACACAGCCUGUAAGUGCACAUCAAACACCCAGCGACACCAGUACACCAUCAUACGAAGAUCUGUCCAGUACCCAGAAGAGGAUGGAUGCCCCUUUACCAACAAAUUUUGCCAUAAUGGAUGGAUCUGGGAUAGUGACAAAUGUGAAUGUGUUAUCGACACACAGCACUCCAGCAGACGAGAAGGACUCCCUCCUCUUGCUGAGCUGGCUAUGUGUGGACAACAUAUGGAAUUUGAUGAAGAAAAUUGUGAAUGCAUCUGUAGACAUAAGUGUCCCACAGAUUUCUUUCAAAGUAAAGAGAACUGCAGCUGCUAUUUGUGUAGGGAGAGCCAGGAGAGCUGUGCUCUGAAACACAAGAUAUUUCAUGCUGAAACCUGCAGCUGUGAAGACAGGUGUCCAUCCCAACCCAGAACAUGCCCAACUGCCAAACCAGUGUGCUCCAGGCAUUGUCGUUGUCCAAAGGAGAAGAGAGGUUCUCAUGGGUCCCAGAGCAGAGAAACUCCUUGACUAAGCUUCCCUUAUUCUUCAAAAAUCCACUGCUUUGCAAAGUAGCUGUCACUGACUUUCAAACRAUAGUAAACAUGAACAUCUUCCACRUUAAUAGCAGAAGAAUUAAUCCAGUCUGCAUCUAUUUAUUAGAGUAAUGACUAACUGCAGGUGAAUCCUCUGGGACAYUGGUAAGAGGUAACAACAGCUGAUGAAUUUCUGGCUUCAUGGAAGAAAGAGUGCCAAGUACCAGUUCAAUGUUACAUUAUGGAAGAUGAAGCUGUGUGUUGGAAAUAGAGUCACAGUCUCCAGCCAGUCAUUCAGAAACUGAGACUUGAUAAUCUUAGCCUCUGAAUCCUUAGCUAAUGCAGCUCCUGGGUAAAACUUUCUUCAGAAAUUCAGUGUACAGAAUUUGGCUUCUAAUAGAUUCAGCACUGAGUUAUUUGAUCUACUGUCCAGCUUUGAUUAUCAUUUUGUGUUUAUUGUACAACUACUGUCAGAUGUGCCAUAUUUAAGUGUAUAUAAGAAAAUAAAUACAUCAGUUAUUCGAGUGGAUUUGAUUUUUCUCUGUAAUUUCAAAACUCUGCCCAACAAAAAGAAAAUAUGCAAAACCCCAAAGUAAUUUCAAGUAGAGUUUUCUUACGUUUGUUCCACAGACACUGGCUUCUGCCCAAACCCAGUUCGAAACAAGGUCACUUGACCUAGCAUUUUCGGUUUUAAAAAA